AUGCUGAACACAAUGAUCUCCUCCCUCCAGCGCCAGACAAUGAGAGGUCGUAGGCUGAAGGGGGCGCUGUCCAACCCCCUCUUUGUGCUGCUUUUGGCCCUUCAGAUCCUGGUGGUGGCUGGGCUGGUUCGCGCUCAGACCUGCCCCUCCGUCUGCUCAUGCAGUAACCAGUUCAGCAAAGUCAUAUGCACCCGCCGCAGCCUACGAGACGUCCCCGAUGGCAUUUCCACCAACACUCGCUACCUGAACCUCCAGGAUAACCUCAUUCAGGUCAUCAAGGUGGACAGUUUCAAGCACCUGCGCCAUCUGGAGAUCCUGCAACUGAGCAAGAAUCACAUCCGCAGCAUCGAAAUUGGCGCCUUCAAUGGGCUGGCCAGUCUCAACACGUUGGAGCUCUUUGAUAAUCGGCUCACGACAAUCCCCAAUGGAGCAUUUGAGUACUUGUCCAAGCUGAAGGAGUUGUGGCUACGGAACAACCCCAUCGAAAGUAUACCAUCUUAUGCCUUCAACCGGGUCCCCUCGCUUCGAAGGCUGGAUCUAGGUGAGCUCAAGCGUCUCUCCUACAUUUCUGACGGAGCUUUCAAGGACUUGAGCAACCUGCGCUACCUGAACCUGGGAAUGUGCAACCUCAAGGAGAUCCCCAACAUCUUACCUUUGAUCAGGCUUGAAGAGCUAGAAAUGUCAGGCAACCAGCUCGCCAUUGUCAAGCCCAGCUCAUUUACGGGGUUAGCGAACCUGCAGAAGCUGUGGAUGAUGCAUGCCCAAAUCCAAACCAUCGAGAGGAAUUCCUUCGACGACCUUCAGUCGCUGGUGGAGCUCAACCUGGCUCACAACAACCUUACCUUUCUACCGCAUGACCUCUUCACGCCGUUGCAUCGCCUGGAGCGAGUCCACCUGCACCACAACCCCUGGAACUGCAACUGUGAUAUUCUGUGGCUCAGCUGGUGGCUGAAGGAAACAGUACCCGCCAACACCAGCUGCUGUGCACGUUGCCAUACUCCCGCAGUCUUUAAAGGUCGCUACAUUGGAGAACUGGACCACAGCUACUUCCAGUGCGACGUUCCUGUAAUUGUGGAGCCGCCCAGUGACUUAAACGUGACGGAAGGCAUGGGGGCGGAGCUUAAGUGUCGCACCAGCUCGCUGACCUCCAUCAGCUGGCUCACACCAAACGGCUCGCUGGUGACACACGGGGCUUACAAGGUGCGUUUGUCUGUGCUCAAUGACGGGACACUGAACUUUACCAGCGUCACAAUGCAGGACACCGGGACUUACACCUGCAUGGUUAGCAACACGGCGGGCAACAUUUCUGCCUCCGCGGUGCUCAACGUCACCUCCGUGGAAAACAGCGGGGUGACCUAUUUCACCACAGUCACCGUGGAGACCAUCGAGACCCCGGGGGACGACAACCAAACGCCGCUUCCACCUUUCGGCUGGGUGUCAUCGUCGACGACAAAAGGCACUCCCGUUUCAACGAGGACCACAGAGCGGACUUACACCAUUCCGGUUCUGGAGGUGGACGGCGAAGGAUCCCCCAACGGCCUGGACGAGGUGAUGAAAACCACCAAGAUCAUCAUCGGCUGCUUCGUGGCCAUCACGCUCAUGGCCGCCGUCCUGCUGGUUAUUUUCUACAAGAUGAGGAAGCAGCACAACCAGCAGGAUCCCGACGGCCCCGCCUCGUCCAUGGAGGUGAUUACGGUUGAAGAAGAGCUGGCGGGCGUCGCCGCCAUGGAGAGACACCUAUCGCUGCCCCCUCUGGAGCACUACAACCACUACAACACCUACAAGAGCACUUACCACCACCCUCCCAUGCUCAGUACCAUACACAGCUCAGCCACACAGGAACCUUUACUGAUUCAAGCCUGCUCAAAAGACAACGUACAAGAGACCCAAAUCUGA